AUGGGGGAGAUUUACAGUUGUCAUAGAGAUCUCAUUAAGAGGCUGCACGUGUUAAAUGCUGAUAAGUAUGCUGCGAAGGCUUUACAAGAGCUACCGUUUUGUUCUUCAAGUGAAAUCAGGAACGAAUGGAAUUUUACAUGCAAAGUGCAAUGUCCAGAUCCACAUUUCGCAACUGCUGUCACCAAACUCCAACCCAAGUUUCAAAUUACAUGUGAUACACUUUUGGACACCGAUGAAUCACCGGAAGUGAGUGAAGUUCCCAUGUUUAAUUUCACGGAUCAAUGCUUUAGAGAUGAACUCUAUAAACUAUGUUCAGACGACGAACCUGUACCAAACAUUGUGCAUUAUGUUUUUUUUGGUAUAUAUGAACUUACUUUUUUCCACUUUCUUAGUAUUUGGAGUACCCAUAUCAUACAAAAGCCGUGUGCUAUCCUGAUACAUGGUAACACAUUAGUAUCCGGUCCACUCUGGGACCGUCUCGUAAAAGCUGCAACAAAUCUUAUCCGUGUGAGGAGAGCGCCACCUAGUGACAUAUUUGGGAAUACGAUACAUUUGAUUGAACACAAGGCAGAUGUAGCAAGAUUGGAGGCCGUCCGAGAUUUUGGAGGAAUUUACAUGGAUUCAGACGAAAUAUUACUACGACCUCUUGACCCACUGAGGAAAUAUGAUUUCACAUUGAGCCAUGCGUAUGAUUACAAUCUCAGUAACGGUCUUAUUAUGUCCAGCCGGAAUGCUUCGUUCGUGAAUAUCUGGUAUUCAGAAUAUGGCACGUAUGAUGGAGAAGUAUGGGGGCAUCACUCUACCAUUGUGCCUUUUGAACUCUCGCAAAAACAUCCACACCUUAUUCAUGUCGAGAACAAGACUUUUGUGAAUCCAGAUUUUGAACAUGUUGAUUUGAUAUUCGAGGAAAAUUUUGACUGGAGAAAUAACUAUGCUAUUCAUCUAUUCAUUCGGAAAUAUGAAUUAGAGCACAACUUUACAGAUAUCAGACAUCUAAACACUACGAUGGGUUCCGUGGCUAGACAUGUUUUAUACGGCUGUAAAGAUAUUUGUUCUGAUUAA